AUGACCAAGAGGAAGCCGAGGUUUCGCGUGGUUGUCGAGCCGCUCAAUUCUUUUGUGACGCCGGAGGACAUUACGCAGCUAUUCCAGCCGCUCGACAUUCGCAGCGUGACCAUGACACAGCGCGAGACGAGGAACAGUGCCACUGUCGCACUGAACAAUGCGCGCGACGUCGAUAUGGCAUGCUUGCGUGAUGCUACCUUCUUUGGUGGGCACAAACUGCGCGUGUAUGCUCCGAGCACCGACCACCCCUACCAACACGCCUCACCUUCGCCGCCAAAGAGCGACGCAGAUAGUGAGCAGGAGGAUGCGCCCGAGCUCAAAAAUCUCUACGUUCUCAAUUUGCCAUUGCAUGUGACCACUGUACAAUUGGAGCAACUAUUUGAAGAGUUCGGCCCGGUACAACACUGUGUCAUCCUUUCCAUGCUCGAUGGCGAGGCGCGCCGUCGUGGUUUUGUUGAUAUGGACACUGCGCAGCAUGCACACCAGGCCCUGUCAUGCUUGCAAGGCAAGGUGUGGUUCGGGUAUCCGCUGGAGAUUUCCUAUGCGCGUGUACAGCGAAGCACAGGACCGUUUGCAGAACAGAACACGUCGCGCACCAUUUUUAUUAAAGGGCUCUUGCCCGCUGCGACGAUCGAUGCCGACGACGUAAAGGUGCUUGUCUCGCCGUACGCGACAGUGGAGCGUGUAGAGUAUCCGCCGAUGCCCUCGGAUACAGCGACGUUCCAGGUCACGGUCACGCUUCGAUCGCCCGAGGAUGCACGCGCAGUGUACACUGCACUGCACAACACCAACCUGCACGGGCAGCAGCUGGAGGUCGUGCCGAGUCUGUAG